GUUGAAACGAAUAUAUAUCCGUUAUUGAUUGUACAUUCAUCUAAUCCAGUGGGUUUAUACUUUUCUCUCGAGCUCGAUAUUAUUAUAGCCAUGUCGAAUCUCCCAUACGCCGCUGAUGCCGAAAGUCCGUUGAAGCCCGCGGAGCUUCACGUCCUGCGGUCGCAGUAUGAAAAGGAAGGCGACUACGUUGGUGUGCAGACCAAGUUCAACCUCGCCUGGGGCCUCAUCAAAUCCAACGCCCGACCGGAUCAGCAAGAAGGCGUCCGCCUGCUCUCCGAGAUCUUCCGUGCCUCCCCCGAGCGACGACGCGAGUGUCUCUACUACCUGGCGCUAGGCAACUACAAGCUAGGCAACUACGGCGAAGCACGACGAUACAAUGACCUCUUGCUGGACAAGGAGCCCCAGAACCUGCAGGCGGCCAGUCUGGGGUCGCUGAUCGAUGACAAGGUGUCCAAGGAAGGUCUGCUGGGGAUUGCCAUCGUGGGCGGACUGGCUCUGGCCGCCGGGGUGGUCGGUGGACUGGUGGUCCGGGGGGCGAAGAGACGGUGAACCAUCUGUCUUGGAUCGCUGUGUACAUAUUGAUGUCUUUUUAUUCUGUCUUUCUUUUCUGUUCCUUUGUUUGUGUUUUAUCUGGCUGUGGUCUAUGCUCUCCAUUCAUUCGGGUCUUUUAGCAUGUGUGGGCGUUUCAUUUGUGACCUGAGUCAUUGUUUGAGGGGUGGUCACUAGGAUAUCUGAGUGGAAGAAGAUACAUAAUCUAUUCAUUGUCAUCCAUUUGAAUGAAGACUGAAU